AAAGGUUUAACAGCGUCAUUUCAAACGCGGAUUUUGACGGAAGACGCAAUGGGGUUAUUGUUUAAGCUGGUAUUCUUACCAGCGCUUUUGGCUAUCAUAAAAGCGGAAUUUCCUUUAGAUUAUGAAGAGACCUAUAGUCGAAAUGAUGUCAGAGAUAGUGACUCCUACCGUCUUCCAGAAGAUUUAGACCCCAUCCAUUUCAAUGUAGAAAUAACUCCAUACUUUGAAGCUGAAACUGAUAAAGAAGCCUUUACGUUCGAUGGUAUUGUGACUAUUUGGGUUAAGGCCACGAAAUCAGACAUCAAUGUACUCACAAUUCAAGAAAAUGUACGAGAAAUCCAGGAAGUGACUGUUACAAAUGAACUUGGUGUUCCUGUUCUUCUUAAUGAGGAAACACCAAUUGAAAGGGUCCGAGAAUAUCAUUUUCUAAAAAUCUAUCUAAGAGAUGGGGUAACCUUAGUUAAUGAUGAGACUUACAUAAUAAAAAUAGUCUACAUUGGAAAUAUUAAUGAAACCCCUCUAUCAAGAGGUAUUUUUAGAGGUAGUUACAAAGGAGAUGAUGGUAAAAUUCAUUGGUAUGCCGCUAGCCAUCUUCAACCCGUCAACUCGAGGCAAGCUUUUCCCUGUUUUGACGAGCCCGGAUUUAAAUCGACAUUCAAUAUUACCAUCAACAGACCUCCAAACUUUGGCCCUUCUUAUUCUAACAUGAGGGUCGCUGAAGAAAUACUAAUGGGAGAUCGCGUGAAAGAAAUAUUCCACACAACACCUAGAAUGUCAGCCUAUUUGGUCACUGUUCAUAUCAGCGAGGAGUUUAAGGUAAUAGCUGAUAAUAACGACGAAGCUGCUUCGUAUCGUAUUAUUGCUAGACCAAACGCUGAAGGCCAAGGGGAAUACGCUCUGGAAGUUGGUCCGCCACUCACAAAGUGGUUGUCAAAUUAUUUCCAAAUUGAUUACUAUGCCAUGGAGAAAGAUUUAAAGAACGAUCAAAUAGCUGUUCCUGAUUGGGCGUCUGGCGCCACAGAAAACUGGGGAUUAGUAAGUUACAGAGAACUCCGGCUACUAAAUGAAGAUGGAGAAACCAACGCAGUUGACAAAAUGAGUAUCGCUACCAUUACUGCUCAUGAACUAGCUCACAAGUGGUUUGGAAACCUCAUAACUUGUAGAUGGUGGAACAAUGUCUGGAUUAAUGAAGGUUUCGCUAGCUACUUCGAGUAUUUUGCAAUGGAUGGUGUAGACAAGUCAAUGGAGUUAGAAGAUCAGUUCAACAUUAUGUACGUUCACAGCGCAUUGUCGACUGAUUCUUCUGCUAAUACUAGAGCGUUGCAACAUGCAGUAAACAGCCCGGCUGAGGUAACUGGUCACUUCAGUGGCAUCAGUUACUCAAAAGGCGCGUCGUUGCUGCUUAUGAUGAAACAUUUUGUCUCUGAAAAUACUUUCAAGAAAGCACUUAACUACUUUCUGGUUGAAAAAGCAUACGAACACGCUCACCCUGAAGAUCUUUAUAGCGCAUUUUCUAAAGCCGUUUCGGAAGACAACACAAUUCCUUCCAAUCUCCUCAUAGAUGCAAUUUUAAAGUACUGGGUAGAUGUGCCUGGCUAUCCGAUACUGACAGUGGACGUCAACAUGAAUAGUGGACUUUUGAAGCUUACACAGGAAAGAUUUUUCAUCAGUGGCUCUGCAUCAGAAAUUCGCCAACAAUGGCCUAUUCCUCUUACCUUCACUACUGGAGAAAAUCCAAACUGGGAAAAUCUGACACCAUCACAUGUCAUGAUUGACAACGAGAUGGAAAUUCAAUCAAAUCCUGGACACCAUUGGGUCAUAUUUAACGUCAAACAGAAAGGUAUUUAUCGUGUCAACUAUGAUACUCAUAACUGGGAAAUGAUCGCUGCUGCACUAAAAGAAAACUCUUCUACUAUUCACCAUUUGAACAGAGCACAGAUAGUGGACGACGUAUUUGCAUUGAUGCGUUCUCAAAGGAUCACUUAUGAUCUUGGAUUCCAAGUUCUAGACUUUUUGAAACAGGAGACAAACUACUACGUAUGGUAUCCUGCUAUUAGUGGUUUCAGCUGGCUGAGAAACAGAUUCCUACAUUUACCUGAUUCUUUGGAAGAGUUCGAUAAAAUUCUCUACGAAUUCUUAGACGCAGUAAUCACAGAGGUUGGCUACGACGUACCUUUAACCGAAGAACCUUUGACGAGAACUCUUAACCGUUUCUACAUAUUGAACUUCGCAUGCAGUAUUGGACAUGAGGGAUGUAUCAAUGACGCGGUUGCCAAAUUUGCAGCUCGAAAUACUGUCAGUGUGAAUCCAAACAUCAGGCGUCACGUUUUCUGCAAAGGUAUCCAUGAAGGAGGAUAUGAGGAGUGGAAGUCCAUUUACGAUCGCCGCAUCCAGUCUAAUAACCAAGCCGACCAAGUCGCCAUGCUUAGAGCUCUUGGAUGCACAAACGACGAACAAGCAGUUAAAGAAUACCUGGAAAUGAUACUAAGCGACGACGUUAAGGCACAAGACAGGCUGAACGCAUUCACUUUCCUAUUCAUGGGAGAUCGCAAAAAUACUCACGCUGCGCUUGAUUUUAUCAAGGAAAAUAUCGAUGAUAUCAGAUCCGCAGUCGUUCUACAAACGUGGUUCAACAGUCUUCUGAGUAACUUAGCAAGUUAUAUGGACGAAGAGGGUCUCACUGCUAUGGAACAAUGGCUUCAAGAAAACCAAGAGACCAUACCCGAGUACUCAGUAGGUAUCAGUGCCAUUCAAUCGGCUAGAAACAGUAUGCAGUGGGGCACAGAUAACGUGCAGAUCAUUCUAGACGCCGCAAGAGACUCAGCCGCAGUAAUAUUACCAACUACAUUACUACUAUUCACUACUUUAAUGACAUUGUUUUUGAAAUAAGUUAAAUCUAGCAUUGUAUUGUCAAU